AUGUGGUGGCCCCGUGAGUUCGACAGUCGACGCCGGCAGUCCACUGGGGGAACCGACGCUCCCUCUACGGAGGAGACGUCUCCCUCAAGUGCGGAUUUUUGUGCCCCAGCAAAUCCGUUUCCGCCCCAAUCACCGCAAGAAAGAGACCCGUUUUCAGAGAGCCCCGAGCAGGUCGCGCGGCCGACGCAGCCCGGUCUCAUGGAGGAGUCACAUGAGAAGCUGUGUGGAGAUGUCUUUCGGCCGUUUCGCUCCCAGCACCACUGGCAGUCUUCUCCGUGUUUUGGCUCUUUUGCGCUCUCCUCCGAUUUGUCUCCGCUCUACCGCCUCCGAAAUGGUCCUGCGAGUCCUCGCACGCCAAGUCUGACGCUCACGGCCUCUACCGGCGGGCGCCGUCUGAGUGUGCCUGGCAGUCUUCCCGAAGACAGUGUCCCUGCUGUCGCUUGCGAUACUGAGACCGCGGUCGUUGUGUCUCCUUUGAGUCUGCCCAGCCUUGCUGUCUACGCAGGUGGGUGUGCAGCUCUGUCGCCCAAAGCCGGCGACUCCACGACGAGGCGGUCCAUCUCCAGCGUGUCUACAGAGGCGUUUUCUCGCAACUCCAUCACGAGUUGCGCCGCGACUUCUCUCUGGACUGACUCAGGGUGUUUGACGCCUUUCGGCACGGUCUCGCCAGGCGCUCUGUCGCGCCCGCUGGGCCACCCGCCGUCGACAGGGAGUUCCGAUCAGUCGGCGAAGUCUCUGUCCACGUGUCGUUCCUGCCCCGCGUCCGUUUUCGCUUCGUACGUCAAUGAGACCGGGUGCUUUGAUGCGGGGUACGGGCUGCAGGAAGCGGAGGAAGAAGCGUCCGAGGCAGACUCCGACGAGUUGGGAAUACAGGACGGCAGCCAGGCGGGGACAAUAGCCACUGCAGGGCGUGUGCGGGCCUCCAGUCUGUCUCUCGACCCGUGCACGGAUCCAACAAGAAGCGCUCUCUUGUUUGUUCCGCCGUAUCUGAGGGAGAAAGCAUCUCAAAAAGAACGGUUGGCCCCGUGCUCACCAUCCUUCUCAGUUCACGCGGGCGCUGCUCGUCGCAGACUCCGCGACUCGCCGAGCCUCCUGGUCUGGGCUCCGCUCGCCAGCACCGAUGCAGGGGAGCGGGAGCGAAAGGCGGAAACGCGAGAACGAGGUGCGCCGCCUGCAAGCAUUCCCUCGAAGGCCGCGGAGGACCCGAAGGCGACAAAGCCGCCAACUGGAUGCCCCUCCUCGCCUGCCAGGGAAGAAGCACUCUCUCUGCGUGUGACGGAAUCGCGAGGCGAGGUGCGCACUGGUGACACGUGGAGAGUGGCGCUUCCACAGAAGACGCAAGGAGGCAAGAGAAGCUCAGGAGUCACGAAUGAGGACAUGCGGACGACCUCUUCUGACCCGUCCGCCUCGAGGGAAAUCUCACAGAUUGAAGAGAAAGCCCUGUCCGCGGUCGUGCCUCCGCUCGUUGAGAGAGCGGGAGUUGAAGCAUCGGGGGGGUGUCCCCCGGCGCAAACACAGCACGGUAGUUUGCAGCAGGACGCAGACAGGGUCAGCAAUUUGAAUGCGGUGAUAGAAACGCGACAGGGAAAUAACCAUGGGCUCUGGGCGUCUUUCCAGUUGAUUCGAAAGGUGAAGACGAUGGAAAAGGCGUCGCUCGUCCUUCCCUAG